AUGCCCUUCCUCCGUCAACGGCGCACCGGCCCGAUCCGUAGAUCGCAAUUCAGUGACCCUGUCCCGGCGCUGGACCUGCGCGAAGCCCUCGCCACCAAAUUGCACGCCAUUGCGCAGCGGGGCCCCCAGCAAGAAGAGCCAGUUCCCGACGCGGCGCCCGGAGAAUUAGGGGAGGAAGAAUCCUCGUCGGACGAUGAAGCCGAAGGCGACGAAAGCUCCGCCAGUUCGUCAGAAGCCUCGUCCCCCGCCUCCUCUCCCGUGCCCUCGCCAACCGCCGCCGCUCCCACGACCAGUGCACCUGCCAAACUCUCGUCAACCUUGUCAACUAGCCUGCUCUCUGCGCCCGACGCCACCUUCGCUCCCACUAGCAAAGGAGAAGACGACAGCGAUAGCGACGAAGAACCUGACGAUUCCGAACCAUUGCCCACCGGUGCUUCUGCUUCUGCUUCUGCCAGUGCUGCCGCCGAGCCAUCAUCCGGCACUGCCUUUCCCUCACUUUCCGCGCCGGAUGGUCCCCCUCAGUCUGGCGACGUUUCCAUCAUGUCCGGACAUCAUCCACGGCCGCCCCCGGGCAUCUCGCAAACGACAGAGCAUACGCUAAUCGCCGCCGGAUCCAUUGGUGCGACACUGCUACUGGUGUUGAUAAUCUGGGGCGUGUACACGAUGCGCAAGAAAGGCCUUACUUUCCGCGAUCUGGUACAGAUGUCCCGUCGGAAUCGUGAUCGACCAGACCGUACCUAUGAGAUUGCGAAGCCUACCAUCCACCGCAUGCCAGCCUACAUGUCGGAUGACAAGGAGCACAUGCCUCUUCCCCAACCGCCACCACAGGUCUCCCUCCAGAGAUUCGACAGCUUUUCAUCCGGUGGUGGCCAGCGUGAUUUUCUCGGCGGCUCUCUUGGUCUUCGACCUAGCACACCUCCAUCGAACAAUCAUCGCAGUUUCCUGCACGACGCUUCACCACCUCGAACUCUUUCGAGGGCUGCUUCCAAUGCCCAUUCCCGUAACUCAAGCUCGCCAACCCUGCUGCCUCUGCAGAGCCAAGACAGCUACGACGCCUCACCGCCGUCGCUACCCAUUCAGAGGUCCGCAUCGUACAAGAGCAGUCAGCAACAGAGCCGCUAUAGCGCAGAGCAUGACGACAUCGUCCCGCCCGAGGCGCCCGGUCCGACGUACCAAAACUUCACGACAAGCCGGCGCUUGACCACCAACAGGAACCAACCCAACUACGAAAGCCACUUCAGCUGGACGCAGUCGUCGCAAGCGCCCCCGACCCCCAUCGAGCCCCAAACACCAGGCACCAUCGCUCGCUCCAGCCUAGCGCCGACGGAGAGGAGCAGCGUGGCCCGCUUCCGCACCGUCGACUCGUGGGUCGGCAACCAGACGGGCCGCAUCCCCUCGACGCAGAUGCGCGCCCAGCCGCACAUGUCGUACCGCCAGAGCACGAGCACCAACGGCGGCCUGGGCCAGGUCGACGAAGGGCAGGCCGGCUGGCAGCCGGAACCCGUCCCCGUCCCCGUCAGUGUGCCCGACGUCCCCGCGGUGCCUCGCCAGUACCAGCCGGGCGGGGCCUACCACCAGCGCCAGAACACGGCGUACAGCGAUGCCACGGUGUUCCGCCAGCAUCCGGGGGAGGAAGUCAAGAUUCCGAGAGGAAGCUUGGUGCCGAGUGAGGUGUUGGAUGCACAUGUGGUUCGUUCUGCGCUUUAA